AAAAUAUUUUACAAACAAUCCAAUAUGCCAUGACACCACAUUAUGUUAAUUUUAAAUUUCAUUUCAUGUAAUAUUUUAUGUUUGUACAUCGAGCAUGGUCAUACCUACACGUAUAGGGUUUUUGCAAACGAUCAAAGCACUCAAACCCGUUUAAAAGUCCUACGUAAUAAUAUGACACUUUACAAUGUACCUAUCAAACGCCAAGAACCUACGAAAAAAUUAAUGAUGUAAGAAGGCACCAAUAGUGACACAAAAAUUGUUGAACACACUUGAUGUUGGUUAUUGAUUUAAAUGGAAAAUUAAAACACAUGCUAGAUAAUUUACAACACUAUUAAAGUGAAAUAACCUAUCAUCAAAUUUGAAGAUUAUAACUGUUACAACAAACAAUGGAUUUAAGUGAUGAUGAAGAAUUUUAUGAUUCUGAUCAGAGUGAUGUGGACGAACAAAGCUUACAUACUAUGCUCAGUAAAACUCUUUACGAUAAAGACCAUGAGUAUGAAGAAUAUGGAGAACAAAUUGCUGGUGAAGAAGAAGCAUUAGGUAGUGUGCAAGAGGAAGUACUUGGUAAAGUCACCGAUGAUGUUGUUCAACAAGAAGUUGUCCUAGGUCCAGUGUAUAGUGAGAAUGAGCCAGAUUUAACACAAAAAUUAGAAGAUGCUGAAAAAGUAGUUUUAACACCAGAAGUUAUAGGGGAGUUAGAAAACAAACAUUUUUUUGAUGGACUUGAUGAUGAUAAUUUUGAACCAUUAAAAAAAAAACAAAAAACAAGCAAUGAAGAUAAUGCAAAUCCUCAUAAAACUAUUAUUAUGCAUAUACCUCGAUUCAUUCGGUGUAACAAAAUUAGUCAAUCUAUUCAAGUUCAAAACAUUGUAUGUGGUGCAAACAUGGGAUGUCCUUUGGACUUGGUAAGAAUUGUCAUGUGGACUAGUAACUCAGAGUAUAAUCCACUGCGAUUUAAUGGACUAAUUAUGCGUCUUCGUACACCUAAUGUCACCAGCCUAUUAUUUCCAUCAGGUAAAAUGAUCAUGCAAGGUGCUAAGGAUGACCGAACGGGAAAUUUAGGAUGUCGAAAAGUAGCAAAAAUCUUAGAACGCCUUGGACACAAUGUAAAAUUUUCUGAUUAUACAGUGCAUAAUAUUGUAUGCACAUGGGAUGUUGGUUUCCCAAUAAUGUUGGAAGAAUUAAAUACUGCUCACUCACAAUUUACCAGCUUUGAGCCUGAAGUAUUUCCUGCGUUAAUUUAUCGGAUGGUCAAACCUCGAGCAGUGUUUUUAAUGUUCGUAAAUGGAAAAGUAGUUUUAACAGGUCUUAAAACAAAAUCAGAUAUAAAAGAAUCUGUAUUUUUGAUGCAAGAUGUAUUAAACAGUUUCAAAAAAACUUGAAGCAAAAUAUCAAUUUUAAUUUUUAAGUCAGCCCUUUUAAUUAUUGAAAUAUACACAUUUAGGUAUUUAAUAUACUUAAGUCUUAAAUAUCAUAUACAUAUGUAUAUAAACAAUUUGUUAUCUUUAAAGAAAAUCAUAACCAAUAUUGUAUCCUUGGUAUUAAAACCACCCAUUUAUUUGAAAUAAAAUCAUGUGCCUAUAAA